AUGUCGCUGAGCAAUGGCGAGAUUGGCAUGGCACGUGUCUUCUUGCUGCGCCAUGGCGAGCGUUCGGAUGGGCCAGGCCUUCCUUCACCAGGUGUGGCAGACGCGCCCCUCUCAGGUGCUGGAGUCUGGCAGGCACGUUUGACUGCACUCCGUCUCAAAGAGCUGCUGGGGGAAGAGACGCGGAUCAUGGUGGUCACAAGUCCAGCACGACGUUGCGUGCAGACGGCAUGGCUGGUCGCCAGAGUCUUGGAGGGCGCUGAGCGCUACGUGGAGCCGGGCCUGGCAGAUUGGACGGAGGAGGUGAACAUCGACCGCGGUGGGACACCGUGCUACUGGCCGACCUUGAGCUCCGGACCUGUGUGGGAUCGGCCGCCAGCGGAGGAGACUUGGGACAUGGCAGUCGAGCGCUACCAAGUCACAUGCGAAGGUCUCAUCGUCCGGGCCCAGCUCCACUCGGUCUGCCUGUUGCUCUGCAGCCACCAGGCGGCCCUGGAGGCGCUAAGGCCAUGCGGCUGGACGCAGGGGCACUGUGCAUUGACCGAGCUCGGCGUGUCGCGAGCUGACGGACUGCAGCAUGAUUGCUUGGCCUGGCGUGAGCGCUUCGCUUUUGUGGCGGCUCGAGGAGAAAAGCUCUUCUUGAGCCCCCAGUGCAGCCACGUCACUGCAAGGCCGUUCCAGAUGGAUCCAGAUCUCGGAGACAUCAUGGCUUCUUCCCACUCCUUGCGACAGGCGCCCCUGACCUUGGUGAAGUCUCGUCGGGCACGGCAUCUCCUCCUGUUCCUGCAUGAUGCGCAAGGCCAUUUGCUGCACCUUGCUUCGGGCCUGCUGCUGUCGCUGAAGGAUGAGCAGCUGGUUCUAUCUUCGAGACCUGGCAUCUACUGGCACCUGAACCACAGUGGUGAGCUUGUGGCCAACGAUGGACAUCCCUUGGUGCUUGGACCGGAGGGGCUGGGUCUACAGCUGGACGCGGAACGCGGGGCUUCGCUGCCCGCGGUGCACUUGGAAUUGGUGCCUCUUUAG